GUUUACUGCUACUUUGCGCUUGUGCUUGGUUGUGCUGAAACGAAGCUAUUCUUUUUAUACCAAUUUUUAAAAUCACGAUGGCUUCGAAAUUCUGGAGCGUUGUAAUCAUUUUGUUAGUCCUUGUAUCUUUUUCCAAAUCAAGGGCUGUGCCUGAAGACAACCUUAGCGAGAUUGACAAAGAUCUUGCAAGCAUCUUAAGUCAAGCAGCUGAUACAUCAGAAAAUGAUGCUGACAAUAAAAUCGUAGUUAACUAUGGUAAAAUUUAUAAAUCAGUCCUUUCAGGAUUCGUCCCUGAAGGAGAAUCAACUAAAGACACAAAAAGAGCGGAGACAGAUAAAGCACUAGAAGAAGAUGAUAUGGAAUCGACAUUUAAGGAAUUGUURGAUCAUUUGUCAUCACAAGAAGAAAAUUCGUCACCUAUGGAUGCUGCAGACCGAUUUGGAAGCAAAUGUAAGUGAUUAGUGAUGUACA